CAGACGCCCCGGAGAGCGGGGCGGGAAGGACCUGCCGCUGCGGCCCUCGCCGUCCCCGCUCGCGUCCCCCCGGCGCCCGGGCGGCAGCGAGGCAGCAUGACCCAGGGAAAGCUCUCUGUGAACAACAAACCUCCCAACGCCGAGGGGCAAGGGGAGAAGAAGGAUGGUGCCGCUGCACCGCCGGCCCCUCCGACCUACGAGGAGGCGACGGCAGGAGAGGGGAUGAAGUCUGGUGCCUACCCUCCUCCUCCGUCGGUGCCGCUCCAUCCCAGCUGGGCUUACGUGGACCCUAGUACGAGCCCCAGCUAUGGCAGUGGUGGGUACCCAGGCGACACGGAGAUGCUCACAACCUUCAGCUGGGAUGACAGGAAUGUGCGCAGGGUGUUCAUCAGGAAGGUUUAUGCCAUCCUGAUGGUCCAGCUCUUGGUCACAGUUGUUAUCGUGGCUUUCUUCACCUUCUGUGAGCCGGUCAAAGGGUACAUUCAGAUGAACCCUGCCUGGUACUGGGCGUCCUAUGCUGUUUUCUUUGUGACCUACUUGAUUCUGGCUUGCUGCUCUGGACCCAGGAGGUAUUUCCCAUGGAAUCUGAUCUUGCUGAGCAUCUUUACUCUCUCCAUGGCUUAUCUCACCGGGAUGCUCUCCAGCUAUUACAAUACCAAGUCAGUCCUCCUGUGUCUGGGGAUCACAGCCCUGGUGUGUCUUUCUGUCACCAUCUUCAGCUUCCAGACCAAGUUUGACUUCACCUCCUACCAGGGCGUCCUCUUCGUGAUGCUCAUGGUGCUCUUCUUCGGCGGCAUCAUUCUGGCUGUGAUACUACCCUACCAAUAUGUGCACUGGCUCCAUGCGAUCUAUGCCCUUCUGGGUGCCAUUAUCUUCACUAUGUUCCUGGCCUUUGAUACCCAGAUGCUGAUGGGGAAUCGUCGGUACUCGCUGAGCCCAGAGGAAUACAUCUUUGGAGCCCUCAAUAUCUAUCUGGACAUAAUCUACAUUUUCUCCUUCUUCCUCCAGUUCUUUGGCUCCAGCCAAGAGUGAAUGCAGCAAGGCAGUUUCUUGUCUUUGCUGGCAAGAACCAUGUCUAAAAAAAUUAAAAAGAAAAAAAGAGGAAAAGAGGAAAAAAUAACCACCCUUUCUGGCCCACUAGCAGGCUCCACUCCAUCAGCUGAGCAAAGCCCCUGGGUUCCUUAUGCAGCUUGUAUAUAUGCUGUUAAGUGUUUGUGACCCAGAAAGUAAAGCAGGGCUUAAGUGUUGUGUCUCUUCUGCUCCCUCUGCUCCUGCUGAGAUCAAACCAGACCAGAGACUGGGACGCAUCAGACAAAGAUCUUUUCCCCAAAGGCUGCCAGAGUUGCCCGUCUGGGUCCUGCCUGUUGUGGGAUGCUGACACGCUGUGAUCAGCCCUGCAAAGGGAAAAUAAUAUUGAAGAAAGGAGAAACAGGGAAUUUUGCUAGGAUCCUGGCAGGAAAACUAGUUGGACAAAAGGAAAAGGCUAGGAAAAUUCUUGCAUGUCCCCUGUUUUUUACUUGCACUUUUUCAUGGAGCAUCAUGGCCUCUGCAGAGAUAUGCUCUGGAUAGUGUCUGCCUUUGGAAAGGCUGAGCAUGAGAUCCUAUAGUUUGGAUGUCCUUCUAGCAACCAGUCCUCCAGGCGCAAAGGAACCUGUUGUUCAGGACAUGCAGCCUCUUUGAGGACAUCCCUAAUGCAGGAAGAUUUUGUCUGUAUCCUUUAUAUCUGACCAUGGAGCUGAGAUCGUGCUUUCUUUCCUCCCAGCCUGGAGUAGCAGGAUUGCUGAUGUCUCCCCGCCCCAGGAGACGUGUAUGUCAGUGCUCUCUAAAGUGCUGGUCUUUACUUGGGAGAGUUGUGAUCUCAUGUGAGGAUUAUUGACAAGCAAUAGCAAAGAAUGGAUGAAAGACUGAGUUGCAGAGUUUGUAAAGUUAGGAACCUCCCCUUGUAGAAAUGGGGAGGAGAUCCUGUGGUCAAUCAUAAGGAUGUUGAUGCCUUCAUGCUAGUGUCUUGACUGCUAGAGAUUAUUGGCCCUAAGUGGUUACUGUGCAGAGACUAAGGCCAAGGUGAAUGCCCAUUGCUUGGAAAAGCGGGCACUUCUGUCGCCAACACCACUAUCAUCUCUUCCUUUUGCUCUGGUGGUUUUCCAGCUCUGCUUCCCUAAACAGGGAUGUCAAUGAGGGCAUGGGAUGCCUCUGAGUGCACAGGUAACUUUCCAUCUCCCCCUGCUCGCAUUCCCCUGUUUGGGGAUCAGCUGGCUAAUUUCUAACUGUAAAGCUCCAGGUGGAGAUAAGAGGCCUUUUGCUCUUAUUUAGAAAGUGAUCCUUCCCGCUGAUAGAAACCCGUAUCUUCAAUCUCUCUGGGAAUGCCAGGGUAAGUGCGUCACUGUGCUGCCUCUAGCAAUCCCCGCAUGUUAGAGAGAGGCUAUGCCAAAAUGCUCCAUACUGCACAUUCCUCCUCUGCUGCUGCCCUGGCUUUUACCCCUCACAUGUUGUAUCCUCCCACCACACGUGUUCAAUACCCUCAGCUGGGCAGAGGAAGAGGAAAGUUACUGUGCAAAGAGUGAAAAUGCUUUUGCUAGCUAAGCUCUCUCCCGGGCCUUUCUUGUCUUUGGACUCUGAGUGGCUGCACUGACCUCUGCAGUGACAGCAGCGACAGAACUGGUGCCUCCCAGCUCCAAAAAAACUUUCUAGGAUAAAGGAAACUACUAGGUGAUGGCAGCAUUAAGUACAUAAUCCACUGCCUUGAACAGCUGAGCAGCCAGAACUGGGAGAGGAGACAGCAUGGGAGACACCUUGAAUGUAUGAAAUGGGAGUGCAGAAAGGGAAUUUCCUGGCUCAAGUACUGCUCAUGUCAGACCUAUGCAGGUGCUUUCCUACAGAUCUUAGCAGACCUGAUGCACAGCCUCUGUCCCAGUAAAAGGCUGUGUUACUCAAAGCAAAAGGCCUGUAGAUAUUUCUGCUUUCCAGCUUUUGAGGGAGAAGAAUGGCUGAAGUUAUGUGAAAAGUUCUCAGACUCUGAAAAAGUCCUGAAAAUUGUCCUCUAGAAGAUGCUUCAGACUUGAGCUCUGUAGCUGCCCCUUCUCUCUGCACUGGGACUCCUCCCAACUGGCUCUGGUCCUGGGGAGAAUACUGGUCUGCAGCCCACUCUGGUUCUCUUGCUUUUUCCUUCUGGUGUGGAGUGACUUGUCUUCUGCUGCUGCUAACUCAGCUGUUGCUACCUCCUGGCUUUCUGCUCCAAAGUAAGGAAAUACCUGCAUGGCACUUGCGGCUCCUUCUCCAGGACACCCAAGCAGAGAUGGCUUGCUGUCCUCCCGCGUCCCUCAACAGAACCACAGGGCUCCCUUCUUGCAUGUCUCCUGGGUCCUGUUCUGCACUGAGCCCCUUGCCCUUCCAUAUCACCCAUCCAAGCCAUGUCCCAGCCUUUCUCUACUGAAAGCACUUGUAUUGAAGAAGUGAGUAAUGUGUAAACACUCAGAGAGGUGGAAGUCCCCACCAGGCUGAAUAACGCAGAUCUAGGCAAGUUCUUCCUGGGUUCUCUGACACCCUGGGCAUGAGAGGUAUAGGGCUGUUUCUCUUCUGUGUAAUGUCCUUAUCUGAGGUCUGCAUCACCCAGACCCUGGCUCUGUAUCCCCUUGCUCCUUUUGUCCAGCUGUUCUUAUGAUUUCAUUGUAAAUAGGAUUUUGUAUUUUCUCUGAACAUUGCUAAUAAA